AUGGCCACUUUUGGAUCGUUGACUGCAAUCGAUACCCCACUCGGCAAGAAUUUGGUAGGCGCAUUUUGGCAGCCAUCCUUCAUCUUCAUCGAUGCGUCCUAUCUGGAAACCUUACCCGAACGAGAAUUCGUGAAUGGUAUGGCAGAAAUGAUCAAAACCGCUGCAAUCUGGGAUGAAUCCCAAUUUGAAAAAUUGGAAUCCAACGUUGAUUCUAUUCGCUCAGCCGUCUUAUCACCACCACCUCGGGAUCCGAUCAACCCAUUUCCUGGUCGAGACCUUGCCAGUCGCUCUCAAGCACAGAAAUUAUUACUAGAGGUCAUUGCCGAUUCCGUGGGCGUCAAGUCGGAAGUGGUCACGAAAGAUGAAAAGGAGACUGGACUCCGAAAUCUGGUGAAUUUCGGACACACGAUCGGUCAUGCUAUCGAAGCCGUACUGACUCCUGCGAUUCUCCAUGGCGAAUGUGUUUCGAUCGGAAUGAUUCUAGAGGCUGAGGUUGCUCGUGCACGCGGCUGUUUAUCCUCAAGCGCUAUUGCCCGUCUAAGCAAAUGUCUCAAGGCCCAUGGCCUGCCGGUCUCCUUAACUGAUCCCAGAAUUCUCAGCUCACCCAACGCCCCCAAUCUUAAUCUCGACCGACUCUUAGAUCUAAUGAGCGUGGACAAGAAGAACGAAGGCAAGGUCAAGAAGAUCGUCCUGUUGUCCAGGAUCGGCAAAACCUUAGAAGAGCGGGCCACAGGUGUCGAAGACAGCCUCAUCAGACGAGUCUUAGCCCCAGCGGUCCGAGUCCAUCCAGGGCCACCCCCAGCCAACAUCAAGGAAAUCACCAUCCGAACACCGGGGAGCAAGUCGAUCUCCAAUCGUGCCUUGAUUCUUGCUGCUUUGGGAAAUGGAACCUGUCGUCUCAAAAAUCUCUUGCAUUCGGAUGAUACUCAGGUCAUGAUCAAUGCACUCGAAGAAAUGAAAGGAGCUAGUUUCUCCUGGGAAGAUAACGGUGCCACACUUGUGGUUUCUGGUGGGGCUGGUAAGCUCUCAUCACCCGCCAAUGGGAAACAUGUGUAUCUCGGUAAUGCAGGCACUGCUGCCCGAUUUUUGACAACUGUCUGCUCACUUGUCAAAUCUCAAGUUUCGAAUCAAAGCUCAACAGUAAUCACCGGAAACGCAAGGAUGCAAGAACGUCCUAUCGGGCCCCUCGUGGACACGCUCCGUACUAAUGGGGUUCAGAUUGAUUAUCUACGCAACGAAGGCUGCCUACCUCUCCGAAUAAGUCCUGAAGAUGGCUUCCCCGGUGGAAUGAUCGAAUUAGCGGCCUCCGUGUCAUCCCAAUACGUUUCCUCAGUCUUGCUCUCAGCCCCUUUCGCCCAAGCUCCCGUGACGCUCUCUUUGGUUGGAGUUGAGCGUGUCAAAGAUCCAGCUACUGGGCUUCCUUCAAACACUUAUCGGAUACCCAACGGUACUUACAAGAAUCCCCCGGUUUACGAGAUCGAGAGUGACGCAAGUAGUGCAACAUACCCACUGGCCAUGGCUGCCUUGAAUGGCCUCAGUAUUACUUUGGAAACUAUCGGCUCUGGAUCCCUCCAAGGUGACGCUCAAUUUGCCAAGAAGGUGCUGGAGCCUAUGGGAUGUCAGGUGAUUCAGACGGAAAGAGAGACAAAGGUUAUCGGACCCAGCACUGUCUCCGAAUUACGACAACUUGGGGAAAUCGACAUGGAGGAGAUGACCGAUGCUUUCCUGACUGCUUGUGUUGUACUUGGUGUUGCGGUUCAGCCCUCGGAAAAAGAGCAAAAAAUGUCCACCAGGAUCAUUGGAAUUGCCAAUCAGCGAGUCAAGGAAUGCAAUCGAAUCGCAGCCAUGGUGGCCGAAUUAGGCAAGAUGGGUAUUCAUGCUCAGGAGCUUGAAGAUGGGAUCGAGGUGUUUGGCACACCGGUCGAUGCGCUAGCCAAACGUGGUGAUCAAGUCCGUAUAAAUUGUUACGAUGACCAUCGAAUCGCGAUGGCCUUUAGUGUCCUGGGAACGGUCCCUGGCGGUAAAGGCUUGAUCCUCAACGAAAAACGGUGUGUCGAGAAAACGUGGCCCAGCUGGUGGGAUGAUCUUUCGACCAAACUGGGUAUUCAGCUUGAUGGAGUCCCUGCUCAUGAGAAGCUAACUAACACAACUUCGGCAGUUGCAUGGGAAGCUAAGAAACCAGAAACUCCAUCCAUUCUGUUGUGCGGAAUGAGAGGAUCGGGUAAAUCUUUCUCGGGUCAAGUGGCAGCCAGCACUUUAGGCUGGCCGCUAAUCGACACGGAUUUGUACUUUCAAGAAAAGUGUGGCUGCUCGAUUCGUGAGUUCAUUCAAAAGAACGAUUGGUCGCGCUUUCGAGAAGAAGAGUGUGCGGUACUCGAAGAGAUCUUGAAGGAGUUUCCUUCUUGUCACGUUAUCUCACUCGGUGGAGGAAUUGUUGAAACCGAGAAAGGGAGGAAGAUGUUGAUGAAUUACGCAAACUCAAAAGGCCCGGUGGUUGAGAUCAUCAGACCGGUGGAAGAAGUGAUUGCAUACCUCAAUGAAGAUGGUAAUCGCCCCAGUCUUGGCGAAUCGAUCCAGCAAAUCUGGGCACGUCGAGAACCUUGGUACCGACUCUGCUCGAACUCAGAGUAUUUCAACCUUGUCCACCCAGCCGUCGAUCAUGCGCUCAUCUCAGAAGUUCAACACGCCAAGCGGGCCAUGCAACAGUUCUUCCGGUUCAUCACUGGCGUUGACACAAACCACGUCUUACUUGAUCCACCAGUACCCCGGAACACCCACUUCCUUUGCCUCACAUUCCCUUCCUUGAGCCCUUGUCGAGAAGAAGACAAGACCAGCCUUGACCGCUUCGAAGAGCUUACCAUUGGAUGUGAUGCGGUAGAAUUGAGGGUAGACCUUCUCUCGACAUCUGGCAAAGCACCUACCAGCCCAUCCAUUCCGCCAACUGAAUUUGUGGUCAAGCAAGUCGCGGCAUUACGCAGACUAACCACUUUGCCGAUCAUCUAUACGGUUCGAACGUGCUCGCAGGGCGGGAUGUUUCCGGAUGGCCAACCGGAGGAAUGGUGUAAAUUGGCUGCAAUGGGUUUUAGAACUGGUUGUGAGUAUGUCGACAUUGAGUUGGGUCUUUCGCCGGAGCAACAGAAAGCACUGUGCAGCCAGAAGGGUCAUUCGAAGAUCAUCGCCUCCUACCAUGAUUUUUCUGGUCGUUUGAAGUGGGACUCCAGCGAGAUGAUCCAGCGUUAUCACGAGCUGAAGGCCUAUGGCGAUAUGGUCAAGUUGGUCUCUCGGGCAGCCGAUGGAUUGGAAGAUAACCUGGCCAUGCUCGAGUUCAGGAAGAAACACGCGACUCUUCAAAAGGACCGACAGUCACUGAUCACUAUCAACAUGGGAAGAUCUGGACAGAUGUCUCGGAUUCUGUCUCCGGUUCUAAGUCCAACCACUCACCGAUUAUUGCCCGGUCCCCCAGCUGCACCUGGACAACUAUCCUUCCGCCAGAUCCAAACGGCCCAGGGACUGUUGGGACAGAUUAUCCCAAAACAGUUUUGGUUAUUUGGAGCUCCAAUCGGUCAAUCCCGCUCACCCUUGAUCCAUGGAACUGGUUUCGAUACCCUUGGUCUUGAAGGUUACCGGUACCAGAAGUGUGAGACCAGCUCAGUGACGGACAGCACCGUCUUGGAAAAAAUCCAUGCAAGCGACUUUGGAGGGGCCUCGGUUACGAUUCCUCUGAAGGUGGAGAUUAUCAAGUAUCUCGAUCAGUUAACACCCGAUGCCCAAGCCGUUGGUGCAGUCAAUACGAUUGUUCCGGUCUCUCAGCGUGAUGGGAAGAUCAAGCUGCUAGGAGCUAAUACCGAUUGGGAAGCAAUCAAGAUGAAGAUCGAGGCUAAUCUACCGGCACAACAAGCCUUAGGAUUGAUCACUCCCGGUCAAUUGGUCAGGGCAGCAGGCGUGGUCAUUGGUGCGGGGGGCACAGCUCGCGCGGCGGUCUAUGCCCUGCAUUCACUUGGGUACGAGCAGAUCUAUAUCCACAACCGGACACGGUCCAAAGCGGAAGAGGUUGCGCAGGCGUUCCCGAGUUAUUUUGGGAUCCGGGUGAUCGACAGUCUUGGGUUCCUGUGUUCAGGGGAAGACGGGGUAUGGCAACCUUCAGCCAUCAUCUCAGCUGUGCCGGCCCAGGCGACCCGUCUAUCAGACGACCCGCCCGCAGACAAACUCGAGAUCCCCCAUGGCCUCUUCGACAGACCCGGCGGUGGGGUGGUGAUCGAGAUGAGCUACGCCCUUGGGAAGGACUCGGCACUCUUGAGAGCCGUCCAGGAUCUCGUCCGCUGGAAAUCCGUCGAUGGGCUCCAGGUCUUGGUCCAACAGGCCGCAAGACAGUUUCAGCUCUGGACUGGAAAACACCUCGCGAUGAAGAUCGUCUCUCAAGCUGUCUAUCAGGAGGCUUCUUCGGAUUAGCUUUCUUGCUUCCUCUACCUGCUCUGUUUCUUUGUUUUCUCAUUCUUAUGUUUUUUUCUCCUUUUCUUGCAAAAAAACAGCUUGUUGAAAUUUUCUCUCUCUGCCCUUUUCGGUUUCCUUUUCUAAUCACCGCAAAUCUGUCUCGACUGUAAAUAUUUCUCUUCUCUGGUUGAAUGUCUGAUAUUAAUAAAAAAUUUAUUAUAAUAAGAAUUAACAUCCCUUGUUAUUUGUGAUUUAAAACAUGUUUUUUUCCUUUACUAACUCAUUUAAUAUAACUAC